AUGAAUUUUGGUUGGUUCGCAAAGGUCCGGGUGAAAGGUUGGGCGAUAUACGACAUGUUGGGGGCGAGCUCGAGCAACCGGCCGGCCGACAGCGCCGAGGAGCGCGCGAAAAACAUAUUCGCGAAAAUGGACGAGAACAACGACGGCCAGUUGACGCAGGACGAGUUCCUCAAGGGCUGCCUGCAGGACGAGGAGCUAUCCAAGAUGCUGGCGCCUUAAUCCCCGGGCCACCCGCGCCUAAUCACCUCGUUGUCGCCCGUCAACGCCAACGGCCGACCCAACGGCCACCGCCUCUUCACCAGUACGACCAACGGUGCUUUCAUCACCAACAAAAGCAAACCUGCUGCUGCCAAUACUCUUGCAACUCAUACAUACACCCACCAAUCGAUCAAAUAAACGCCCUCGCAUCAUCUGCCAUUGUAACGUGCAUACGUAUAUAUACACACACACACACCUCACACGAUUGUUAAGUGUUUUGAGAAUAUUACAAAAGGGGUACCCUAUAAUGAUGCGACUGUCGCGAUAGUUUACCAAUGCUAGACCAACAUACGUCGUAUAUCAUAUAUAAUGGUUUUCGUCGAGAGAGGACGGAUUGGCCAAACAAAGUCACGAGGGGUACGCGCGAGCUGUAGCACUUUCCAUUGUUAUUAUGCGAUUAUAAAUAUGUUAAUGCGUAUAUAUGCGGUGUGUAUGUGAUGGCGCAAAGCAUAGAUUUCUUGACGUCACGCCACAUGAAUUUUGGUUGGUUCGCAAAGGUCCGGGUGAAAGGUUGGGUUGGUCGUAAAAUAAAAAAUAUAUAUAUACGUACGCAAAAUGAAUUAUUUAUGGGUGAUUGAGCCGAUACGAAGCACUUUCCGAAGCUAUGUUGAAGUAAUGAAACGACAAGAAUUUUGUAAAUUUAUCUUUGUUGUAAAAAAAUAUAUAUACAUAUAUAUAACUAUCAUUAUCGUAACAAUUUUAAUUAAUUAUACGUAAAUUGCACGCUUAUUUCAAGGGCGGACAUUCAAUAGUUACAUUCAUACGGCUAAAUUAAUUUUUUCU